AUGUCUUCUUCGUCCGGAUAUCAGGCCAUGCCAGGCUGGUACUGGCCUGAUGACGCGCCCAAGACAGAACCCGCCCACGCGACAUCCUCCUCCACAGCUGCUCAGGUUGGUUUGACUGCCAUUAUACUGAUAUCCAUCGUGUUCAUCCUCGGCUUCGUUGCAGAUCCUAUCAUCAACUUGUAUCUGGACCCAUGGAGCUUUUUAUCCCCCUUUUCCUCGUCGGAAUCUGACUACGCUUAUUACUACGAGGAUGAGUCGGCCACUUGGUACGAGCACUUUGCGAAAGGCUUCGCUAGCAUGGGUGUGCUUGGUUUCUUGAAAGUCCUCAUCGCCAGUCCACUAUCUUACUUCAGGAUUGGAGGCGGUCGAGGUCGGACGACUGGUCGAGACAGAUAUGAGCAGGUCAGCUGGAUCAUCAUCCUCAUCGGUGUUGGCACAUUCCUAGCGGCAGUAUACAAAGGAGUCCGUGUAUGGAGUCGCCGAACGCUUGAGAAAGCUGGCGAGCGUGUCAUGGAUGUCCAAGGUGACAAUGACGACGAUGACGAAUAG